AUUCACCUAAAAAAUGUGUCGUGUCUUAAUUAUUUUUUUAUUUAUCACAAGCACUUUUGCUACAGAAUAUAAAUCUGGGCACUGUCCCAAUAUCACUGCAAUUUCAGUCGAUCUUAUAAAGGCUUUUGGAACUUGGUACGAGUACAGUCGCAGUUCCAACAAAUGGAAUAAUUUAGAAAAAUGUGGUUAUUUACAACUUAAUAAGCCCAAAGAUUGCUCGUCAAUUACAAUUUAUAAUAGCAUUUCAAAAGAAAUUAACGAACCUCUGACAAUGGUAACUAAUUUUACUGUACUCAAUGGAAGACUUGACAUCACUUACAAUUUACCAGUAGUUGGAAAGAUGGUAAGAGAAUUGACUAUCGUUGAUAUAGAUUACAAUGACUACGUAAUAGGGUGGCUGUGUAUAGACGUAGGAAGUAACCAUACCGAGAGUGUUUGGGUGCUUACACGAGAACCGAACCCUUCAAAAAAUUACAACGAAUUAGCAAAAUCUGCGCUGAAGUCCUAUGGGCUAAAGAUGCCAAAGAUGGUCAGGGUCGAUCAAAAGGAUUGCCCUUAUGCCAGUAGCUCUAAUUCUUCGGGGGUGAAAACUUGUUGAUCAUUCAAUGGUUUUUUGUACAUUAAUUAAUUAAAGGAAUG